AUGGUUUUGCCAAAGCCUCAGCCGCCGCCGCCACCGCCACCGCCACCACCAUCAUCGGCAUCAAAAGCAUCGGAAAAUGAUGACUCAGGCGGUCCACUUGGAGUAUUUGGAUUUAAAGAUGAACAUGUCUCGCCGGAAAAAGUCAGUGGUUGGUUUCAAGUGACACCCAAGUGUUGUCAGCCAUUCAUGGUGUUGCAUGGUGGAGUUUCAGCACUCAUAGCUGAGGAUCUGGGGAGCAGAGGAGCCUACUUGGCCUCCGGGAGGCGGAGAGCCGCCGGAAUACAACUCAGCAUUAACCAUCUCAAGAGUGCACAAGUUGGUGAUAUUGUGCAUGCUGAGGCCACUCCUCUCAAUGCUGGCACCACUAUUCAGGUAUGGGAAGUGCGGUUCUGGAAGAUUGAUUCCUCAAAUUCUGUGAACAAAUCUUUAUUAGCAACAUCAAAGGUUACAGUUCGAUGCAAUAUGUCAGCAAAUGCCGUAGAUGGUGGAAACAACCUUAAACAUGCAAAGUUAUGA